CUUAAAGGCGGUAGCUUUGCUCGAGGACCGGCAUUUAGAUUGCGGUGAGAGUCUGCUGAGUGUCUGCGCACGCGUAGCCGUUACUCGCGGCGUUCUCUCAGAACCAGUCUCGCGGUUUAUACGUUAGCAUGUCGGGUCGCGGCAAGACCGGCGGGAAGGCCCGUGCCAAGGCCAAGUCUCGCUCUUCGCGGGCCGGGCUACAGUUCCCCGUGGGCCGUGUGCACCGUUUGCUGAGGAAAGGCCACUACGCGGAGCGAGUCGGUGCCGGCGCGCCGGUUUACCUGGCCGCCGUGCUGGAGUACUUGACCGCCGAAAUCUUGGAGCUGGCAGGGAACGCGGCCCGGGACAACAAGAAGACCCGCAUCAUCCCCCGCCACCUGCAACUGGCCAUCCGUAACGACGAGGAGCUCAACAAGCUCCUGGGCGGCGUAACCAUCGCCCAGGGCGGCGUCCUGCCCAACAUCCAGGCGGUACUGCUGCCCAAGAAGAGCGGCGCCAUCACCGGCCCCAAGGCCCCGGGUAGCGGCGGCAGCAAGAAGAGCACGCAGGCCUCGCAGGAAUAUUGAGGCAGCCUCGGCGCCGCGGCCGCCCCGCUCCCCCACCAGACCCCCCCAUACACCACAAAGGCCCUUUUCAGGGCCGCCUACUCCUUCACUGAGAGAGCUGAGCUACCCGCCUCCCCUCCCCAAGCCCGGCUUCUCGGCGGCCGGAGGUGCGUGGAGUCCCUGAGCAGCGGCAGGCCACCCUGCAGCGGGGCCGGCCUCGGCAGCAGCUGCCCCGGGUAGGUCCAAAUCCACCUCGGACCCGGCGGAAUCCCCGUUUAUUCUUUUUGACUCCUUCUCUCUUGGCAGCUACUACACAAUCCCGGUGCUGUGGCGCCUCUGGGUCACAAGCUGGGGCCACUCAUCCCCCAACCAGCAAGGAGCAAUCCACCCUUCGGGAGCGUCCUGCAUCUAGACCUGGCCAUGGCUUCCCCCACCGACGCAGAAGUUCCUCCUCACAGGCCGGACUUCUUGCUUAUGAACUGAACUUUCUCAGCUUGGACAUAUUGCCUUUAUCCUGGGGAACUGGGGGAAUUGAGAGACUUAUGAAAGACAAUUUGGAAGUUCGAUUAACUUAAUUUAAUUAAAUGUUUUUUUAAGUGAA